AUUUGAUCUUUAAUUAUUAUUCUAACAAUUUAAAACCGCUGAUGUUACUGAAUCUUCAUUUUUAAUAGGUUGAAGUAAGCAGGCUUCUAGCUCACUUUCAAAUAGGCGCAGAGGUUGAAAUUUUGUCUACUGAUGACGAAAUAUGGUAUCCAGGAAAGGUUGUUGAUCUUAAACUGUGUGAAGGACUAGAGGAGCUGACAGUUGAGUACACGACACUCUUCACAGACCAACAUAGACUUCAGAAACUUCAGGAUACUAUCACGGCUGACAAAAUACGUCCUGCAACACCAACUAGUGACCAAAAAUCCUUUGAGAUGAUGGAUAAGGUAGAAGCCUUCUACAACAAUGGCUGGAGCAGCGGACAAAUUAGCAUGGUACUUGGUGAUAACACAUACUCGGUGUGUCUCUAUACUUCUAUGGAAACUAUUCUAUUCAAACAUUCAGAUUUGCGAAUUCAUAGAGAAUGGAAAGAUGGAGUCUGGAAGAUGGCAGAUAAGGUGAAGCCUGAUAAGAAAAGGAAAGCUGCUGCCUCAUCACAAAAUUCAGGAAUGGAUAAUGUUUUCCUAAGAAGGAGCGAGAGGGUGCCUAAACGAUCUAGAGACACAAAAACUCCAUUCAAGUCUGACAGAAAUCCGGCUUUAACUGUAAUACCUGAGAUUAUACCUGCAGUUGAUCCGUUUUCAACUCCUGCGGAACAUAAGCUUUCAAGGCUUCAAAAUUGGAUGACAUUAAAGCCCGGCAUGCAUGAAACGUCCCUAUCAAUCAAUGAUAAUAAGAUAAGGAAAUCUUUCUUUCAAAGCAUGGAAAAUGCAAAAAAGGACCUUAAGAAAGAGCACAUUGAUGGAGCCUUUGCAAUGCUAAAUUGCAGAAGAAAUGAGAAUGCUGCUUGGUUCCACAACUACAAGAUUCCAAAGGCGUGCUUCCUACCUAUGGAGUUCUUGCAUUGCUUGCUCUCUGAUGAUUUGGCUUACAAGAAAGAAAAGGUCAAAGGUAAAAAGAUUUUCAACGAUUUAUUUAAAGAUACUGUGAGAGGGAAGGUAUAUCCAGAGAAGACAUGGGGAGAAGAUGUUGAUGUUGUGUAUGGGAUUACUCUUGGAAAAAAAAGCAAUGUCUGGAUUGGGAUGGAAAUUCAUUUGAAGAAGAAAAGAAUCACAGUAUAUGAUUGUUUUCAAAAGGAAAGCAACAGCAUUGAUAUUCCUCAAGUGAAAAAGUUGGCAGUGUUGAUUUCUAAUCUGCUGGUGGAAUCUUCUGGUGAUGAGGUAGAUAAGGUGAAGAUGAUUCCAUUUGAGAUUGAGCAGGCACAAGGUUUACCCAAGACAAAACAUCCUUUCAACUGUGGGAUAUUUCUUGUCAAGAUUCUGGAGUGCCAGUCAUUGAAGAUAGGAGACAUGACAAAGAUUAAUGAUGACAAUGCAUUGGAGCUAAGGAGAACCUUGUCUUGUGAGAUCUUCAACCAAUUUGUGGAUGAGAGCUUUGGGAAAUGAGAAUGAUGCAUGAAAACAUUUUUUGUUUUAGUUAAGACUCGGUUUUAGUUAUGACUGUUUAUUUUGUUAUGUUGUUGGCGUCUGGUUACAUAAGAAAGAUUGGAAGGAUAUCAAGUAUUUUAUUUGGGUAUCAUAUAUCUUGGAAGGUUAAAAUAUUGUUUCUGGAUGGGUUUCCAGAAAAAAAGUUAAGUGUUUCAAAUGUAAAAAAGAAUGAAAUGAGAUUAUAUACUAAGGAUUGGACAUGUA